AUGUCGCUGCCCGUGCCGUCCCCCGCCCGUGUCUUCGCCGAGCUUGUCUCGGCCCAGUCUCCAACCCCGAGUCCCGCUCCGGUGAGACCUAGCGGCCCCUCGGCACCGCCCGGGCGGGAGGUGCAUGUGAGCGGCAGCGCGGAGCUGAGCGCCGGCCCGGACCGGGCGCGGGUGUCGCUGCGGCUGGGCAGCCGGAAGGAAGCGGCUGGAGCGGCGCGCAGCAGUGUGGCCCGCCGGCUGCAGUACAUCGCCCAGAGCGCCCGACAGCGCGGCAUCCUGGAAGAAAAUAUGACUGUAACAGAGGAUUUUAGUAGAGUAGAAAAUACUUACCAAAUGGAAGCAGAGGUCUGUAUUGUAUUCAGUGAUUUUGGAAAAAUGCAGAAUGUUUGCAAUCUACUAAUUGAAAAGUUAGGAACCUCUGUUACCAUCAGUCCACCUCAUUUCUACCAUACACCAGAAGCUGUAGACAACCUUCGCCGUCAAGUCUGUGUGGCUGCUGUUGGGAACACACGACGGAAGGCUCAAGAAGUCUGUCACCUGUUUGGCCAGUCCCUGGGAAAACCUUUGUUAAUAAGAGAAGAAGAAACAAAAGAGUGGGGAGGUCACAUAGACAGUCAUUUGCCACACUCCCCAGAUUCCCUGACUCUGCAAGAGAGAAUCCAGAACGCUACUGCACAUGCUUCCUGUAGAGUGUUUGCUGUGUUUGAGAUAAAGGGAAAAGGAAACAGAAGAACCAAGUUGCUCUAG